UCCGAGGUUUGCAGCCUGCUGCUGUUCCGCGGGAGCAGCGCCGGGAGCAGCCGCCUUCCUGCCUCCUUUUCCCGGGAAACUUCAGCAUGCGGCUGGAAGAGCUGAGGAGGCUCCAGCACACCCUGGAACAGGUCAAUGAUGGCAAAGACUCGCUUCAAAGCCAUCAGCUCUCCAUGGAUGAAGAAAAUAAUAUCCAGGAAUAUCCCAUCAGCCUCCAGCCCUCAGAGUCCAAAGUGAAAAUCAUCCAGCGAGCAUGGCAUGAGCACCUGCAGCACCAGGAGCUGUCCCCAUCCCCGGAGCUGCGGGACAAGCACAGCUCAUCCCCAACCUCCCCCAAAUCCCCCAAAUCCCCAUUCCCAAUGAAGGCUCUCUACAUCUUCCUUGUAUCCCCGUUCAGACUGUGGAAGGAGUUCUGA